CAUGUGUGCAAUUUGUGGGUUUCCCAUCUUUACAGAAGCUGUCAGUGCGAUGUCUACACUAGAAGUUUUCAAUCAGAUGUUUUUGACAAUCAGCAAAUGCCAUGGCCAAUAGCAGGCUGUCCAACGGUUCUGUAGGCUCCCCACCCAGACUCGGACUUCAAGUACGGAAUAAUGGUCAUGCCCUGAGCUGGACUGAUGACCUUCCAGUAUGUCAGCUGUCUGGGAUAGGUUUCUCCACCAAUCAGGUCUACCGGGAGGACGGUAUUCGGCGGGAACUUCACGAGUUUGAGGACAGGAGCUUCCACUUCAAACUCAAUGAUGACUGCUACCUGUAUGGAGUAUUUGAUGGCCAUGAUGGCAGUAAAGCAUCCAACUUCACGUCUCAGAGGAUGCCAGCAGAAUUACUCCUUGGGCAGCUGGUUGAAACAACAUCAGAUGAUGAAAUAAAAGAGGUUUUAAACCAGGCAUUCAUAGCAGUAGAAAAAAGUUUCUUUGAGUCAAUUGACCAUGUCUUUGCUGAGAAAACUACUAUCCAACUGCAACUUCCUGAGGGACUCAACCACUAUGAUGCCUGUAGACAGUUCCCAGAAAUCAUGAGUAAGCUUGAUGAACUGGAAAGAAACAUAACUGGUGGUACGACAGCUACUGUGGCCCUCAUCUGUCACAAGAAUCUCUAUGUGGCAAAUGUUGGUGACUCUCGUGCACUGUUAUGUACGACGGAUGAUGAGGGUAUGUUGAGGGUUAUGCAACUGUCUGUUGACCAUUCCCUCAUGAAUGAAGAGGAGUUGAACCGCCUUGCCCAGCUCGGCCUUGACACUGAUCAGCUGAAACAGUGUAGACAUAUUGGCAGCUCUGACAGCACUCGAUGUAUAGGCGACUACCACGUCAAGGGAGGCUACAAAGACAUAGAUAUACUCAGGAGUGCCAUAAGGGAGCCAGUAAUAGCUGACCCCUACGUCCAUGGAGGGGUGACCAUUGACAGCUCUAGCUGUUUCCUUAUCCUUAUGUCCGAUGGUCUCUAUCAAGCCUUACAAGAUGCUACUGGGUGUGAUCGGGUCAAUGUGGAAGUGGCUCGGAUGGUGGCAGCAGAGUUUUCUGUCCAGUCCACAUUAAAUGGAGUGGCUCAGGCAGUUGUGGAUAAAGUGGCACGCAUCCAUCAUGAUACCUAUCUGACCUCUCCAGAUAAGAAACAGCUGUGUCAAAAACGUGGUGACAUUACAUUGUUAGUGAGAAACUUCAACUAUCCCCUGGCCAACGCAGGAAGUCCUGCUGGUAGUGCAUCCUAUCAUCCUGUAUCCAUACCCUUCUACCAGGGGCGUGCAAACAGCCAGCCCCCGGUGUCUGUACCAAACUAUCUUCCCGUUACCACAACAUCAACUUCUGAUUCAGACCUGAUGUCCCUGACAUCACCCCAGACACCUACUGCCUCUGGUACACCGGGCAAAGAUACUCUAACCGAGUCCAAUACAAGUGGAAGCGGUCAGUCGACACUGAAUACCUACGCCAGCACUAACUCUACCAGUACAAACUCCACCCAGAGUAGUGGGGAAACGCGGUUUCCCAGUCGCUACUAUCAGACUACCAAGCUGGACUUGGAUGAAAAUGGUAAACUAGAGGCCUAUAUUGACUUCUCUGACUUUUAUCGAGCUAUUGAUAAACUGACAGAAGCACAGAGAGAAUCACUCAAUGCAGAAACAAAACCAAAAUCAGCUUAUGAACCCAUAACUGAAGAAUCUGAAUCAUUUGUACCAGAAAACUGAAUCACUGUUUUAUAUGUAAUUGUGUGAAACACUCCAUCAUGUUGCUUAGGAAGUACUUUACAAUGAUAUUUGUAAAUUGACAGUAUUUCAUAGGUGCAUAAUUUCUUGGAAUACUUCAGUAUAAAAUCAAAGCAGCCACCUGACACCAAGUUGUCGUAUGUAGCUAUUUAUUUUUGUGUGUUUUGUUAAGUAUGGUGUAUCAUGUAUUUUGAAAGUUCAUACCCAUACUUUAUUAAUGGAAUCCAAAAGCUUGAAUGUAUUUUUUUUUUUUUACCACUUGAUUGAUGUGAAAUAGGUUUUAAUUACCAUUUGUUCUUCAGAAGAAGUUUAUGUGAGCUGAAUCUGACAUGUUAUGCAGUUAAAUCUGAAAUAUCACACUUAUGUACAUGUAUGAAGAAUAUAUCUAUAUUUUUAUAUAUAUUACAGAUUGGAGGCUCAAUUUUUUUUGUCACAAAUGCAAUUUGACAAUAUGCAUACCUGUACUUGUGCCUGCAUCAAAUUAAAGAGUAUGUAACAUUGUCAUUUAUUUAGAAUGCGUAACAUCGAAAUCAAAUUGUAUUUGGAAUAUGACACAAUGACAUGUACUAGAAUUCACAUCAUUACUGAUAUAUGCAAACUGUUUGUGUAAAAAGUAAAUCUUCAGUAUAACUAU